AUUAGCACCGAUAGUUUUCAUUCAACAGAUCAGUAGGAUAACAAAAUGUUGGUGAAAAGACAAAGCACCAGACUUAUUACCAGGGCCUGUCAAUUAGGACGUUUCUACUCGAGUAAUGCCGGUGCAGAACAACCAUUAUAUCUCAAUCCACAUAAAUGGGAAGGAUUACCAGCCGAUCAAAUCUUUGAAUUACACAACUUAAGAAAGGAAUCAUUAGGAGAAAAAUAUAAUCCAGAUGAUGCAGAAAGAUCAGCUAUCUUGUCAACUAUUGUUGCCUUGAAACAGAAAAAGCCAACUUUGGACUAUACUUACGAAAUUGAAAAUUUCAAAGAAAGACAUAUGACCAAUACUCCAGUGGCUCAAAGAGGUUUACCACCAAAGUAUAGUAACAUUCCUGUUAUAGAUGCAGGUAAGACUCCCCACGAGAAGAGAAGAAUUGAACAUUUGACUAGAGUUAGUGCUUACGAAAUGCCUUUAUUAGCUAAAUUUCGUCAAGAAUAUAAACCACAAACUAAUCAAGAAAAUCCAAUAAAAUUAUCUUUUAACACCGAUUUUACAGACAAUAACAAUGGAUUUAAUAGAACAGUUACCUUGUCAUGCAGAAUAGAGGACUUGGAAUUGAAUGAACAACAAACUAGAAAGUUUAAGAUUUUGGCUGGUAAUAAAUUCAAUCAUAAUAAAAAUUUAUUCAAAUUUUCUUCUAAUCAACACCCAGAAGCCACCCAAAACGCUCGUUGGUUGGUCCAAACUUUCAACAAAUUGUUAAAUGAAUCAAAAGACUUAUCCAAAGAAACCUUCGAUGAUAUACCCAUCGAUACUCGUCAUAAUAAAUCGAAAAAGGUAAAACCUCAAUUUCCAGAAUCUUGGAAAAGACCCGAAGAUGCUCCUAUCUCUCAACACAAUGUUGUUAGAAAAUUAGUUAACGAGGUCAAGGAAAGUAAGGAUAAAAAAUUCUUAUCCCAAUUCACCCCUUGAUUAUGAAUAUUUAAUCUUACGUAGAUUCACUUGUAUAUAUUAAUCUUUUAAUCUACGGUCCCAGAACACAUCCGUACAUACGCUUUUUUUUUUUCUGCUCGAAAAAAUUGAAC